UUCAACACCAACUUCCCGAACAGCACAACAUAGGACCAUUGGAUGCCGUCUGCGAUCACUGUGGUGGCCGUCAUUUCCACUGUGAGAAGAUUGGAAGAUGAUUCACAGGUAGCCAGGCACUUUAGAAAAGAAAUCAGACGAUACAACAACACUUUGGCGUUUGCUGCGUUUUUCACUGACCUCAACCCAAGACGUUUGCCAGGUCGGGGACCAAAAGUGUUCACUGUUCAUGGGCAAGUGUAUCGCAGGAUUAGUAACGACAUUGUCAGAAAUGAAAUGUUGCGACCGAGUUACUGUGAGCUGUACUUUAUCGAAUCUGGGGAAGCCAACCGGAUUCGAAUGGCACAACAGCCACGCCAACACCCGCUAUUGGAAAACUUGAUUACAGACUUAGACAAUCUGUUACGUCAAAUCCAUUUACAGUGGCUUUCGAGUAAUAUAUUUAAAUAUACAUAA